AUGGGUGGAAUUCCCCCAACCCCAUCCAUUGGCGCCGUGUCGUCCAAGAAGCUGUUUGUGGAUCAAUUCGAAGCAUUCGCCAAGCAGUGCGAGGACUUGGUGGACGACUACUGCAAACCAUUUAAACCAUACGUGGUUAGCAUUGGCCGGUUCUUCAUCGUCGCCACCUUCUACGAAGACUCGUUGCGGAUCUUUACCCAGUGGAGUGAACAGGUUUAUUACUUGCACAAUUACAAACACAUUUGGAAAUGGUUGACGGUAUUUUUUUUAACCUCCAACAUCGUGUUAAUGACCACCGCCUCCACCAUGUUGAUCUUGAGAAAGCGCAAUGAGAUUGCCACCAUUGCAUUGAUAUCGGUUGUGCUUUUGCAAGGGGUGUUUUAUGGAUUGAUUUUCGAUGGCUUAUUCAUCUUGAGGAACUUGUCGGUGGUUGGAGGGUUGAUUCUCGCAUUCUCAGACUCAUUGGUUCGAGACAAACGGUCAUUCAACGUGCCGGGAAUACCCAUGGUACAGAACCAGGACAACAAGAAGUACUAUCUUCUCGCUGGCAGAUUGUUGUUGGUGUUGUUGUUCAUUGGGUUUGCCUUUUCGUCCUCAUGGUCCUUCACCCGUACCAUUGUGAUCUUGAUUGGGUUUGUCACCUGUGCCUCCAUAAUCGUCGGGUACAAAACCAAGUUUGCGGCGCUGGUGUUGACAUUGAUGUUGUUCAUCUACAAUGUGUUUGCCAAUCAGUUUUGGAGAUACGGCUCGCACGACUCGUCGAGAGACUUUCUUAAAUACGAAUUCUUUCAAACCUUGUCGAUUGUUGGGGGCUUGUUGAUUAUUGUGAAUGCCGGUGCCGGCGAGUUGUCACUCGAUGAGAAGAAGAAGAUUUAUUAA